AUGCAUAUCAUCGGCGUGGAACCCGAAGGGGCCAACGCCAUGGCUGUGAGCCUGGCCCGGGGGGAGCGUGUGGUGCUGUCCAGGGUGGAUGCGUUCGCGGAUGGAGUGGCGGUGAAACAGGUUGGUCAGGAGACCUUCCGCCUGUGUCGUGAACUGGUGGACGGUGUCGUACUGGUGUCCAACGCCGCAGUCUCCGCCGCCAUCAAGGACGUCUUUAACGAAACCAGAUCCAUUUUGGAGCCGGCCGGGGCGCUGGCGGUGGCGGGGGCUAAGGCCUGGCUCAAGGAGUACGGCAUGAAGGGCGCGACGGUGGUGGCCGUCACCAGCGGCGCCAACAUGACCUUCGAGCGGCUGCGGUUGGUUGCCGAUCUAGCCGAUGUGGGCGGCAGGAAGGAGGCCACCAUCACCACCACCAUACCGGAACGACCCGGGGCCUUCAAGUAUGAGAGCCUCCCACCACCAACACCACCAACACCCCCUCUCUCCCUCGGGGGGGCCCCACCGCCACGCGCGCUCAGGGAAUUCAUUUCCACGGCGCUCUCCGCGGAUCCGGAUCUGUCAGUUACGGAAUUUAAAUACCGGUACUCGGCUGGAUCCACGGCGCAGGUGUUGUGGGGUGUGGGUAUUCGCUCCUCCGACCAGCUCGAUGCACUGCUGAAGAGACUGAACGAUGCCGACAUGACCUCCACAGACAUCAGCGGGUUGGAGGUGGCCCAGGUCCACCUGCGCCAUCUGGCCGGUGGUCGCGGCCGCUCGUACACGGGUCGUAUCGAGGCCGAGAAGAUCCUUCAGGUGGUGUUCCCGGAGCGUCCCGGGGCUCUGAGGCGCUUCCUGGACGUGGUGUCGCCCGUGUGGAACGUGACCCUGUUUCACUACCGCAGCUCGGGGAACAGGGAGUCCAGUGUGCUGCUGGGGGUGCAGGUCCCAAGCUACGACGAGAAACGAUUCCAGGCGGCCCUUUCGUCUCUCCGGGGGGCUGGGGAGGAGGGCUUUGCGUUCAAGGAGCUGCCGAGGGAGGAGGUGACGGUUUGGGGGGUGGAUACUCGAAUCGACAGCGAGGCCAUCAUCAUGGGGUGCAGUACAGCCAGCUGCUACCAGAUUUGGCGAUACCUGAAUGGCGGACCCUUCUACCGCCGGCAAACACCCCGACCUCUCCACCAAAAUCUCAACUGCGGUACCGGCGCCGUACAUGGACGACAAGCUUCGUACUACGACGACGGGAGAACCGAUUCCAAAAUCCACCUUAUUAAAAUCCACAAGGUCAGUCCCCAACUACGACGUGUCCCAAACUGCGACAUGGUUUACCGGCGCGCAACCUCAAUCGACAAGGCCGCGGAACGGCAGGACAGCAGCCAGGGCCCCGCCAGCCACAUAAUCGUGCCCAUAGUUUCUGGGGCCGAUUUAGGCUUUGACGUAGAUGCCGAGGUCAGCAGCGCUUUCCGCAUGCUGAACGCGGAACAAGCAGCAGGCCUCACUCUUCGACAGCGUUUGGCUCUAAAGGCCGCCAUCCAAGCUGCGGCAACUACUGUCCCGCCACCGGGUCCCAGCUCUGGUGCUGAUUCUGGCACCAGCAAUGCUGCAGCAGGCCUGCCAGCUUGCAAGCUGCAGCUCCGGCGAGACUCACAGAACCAGGACCUGUUCUUCUUUGAGCCCAUGGACACCAACAGCACUGCAGCUGCUGUACGCGCUGGCGUGAGCAGCAGGUUCUUCCUGGACCCCGAGGGCAGGCAGAUAGAUGAGCUGCAGAAGUGGCUGGGCCUUGUCGAGGAUGAGCACCGUAAUGGCAGACCCAUCCCACCGCUGAUCAUCAACGGUCUGAUCAAGGUGGGAUAUAAGGGCCUGACCAAGGUUGGAGAGCUCCUUGUGCAGCUUGCGUCAUCCACAUGCAACAUGGUUUGGAGUGAGAAGAGUGGCAAGUCCUACAUGCUCAAGGAGGUUCUGCCUGCUGUGGCCAACACCUACUACAGCAGCGGCCGGCAGCAUGCCGGCACGGUGUUUUCAGAGCCCAACUUCCUGCAUGUGAAGUGCUUGACCUUAGAUCGCUGGAGCGGCAGCAGUGUCUUCCUUCAGGAAUUCCUCAUUAAACUCAAGCGGAGCGCUGCCGACCAGCAGCUCUCUGCUGCCGCCAGCACGCCUGCACCCAGCGACAACUCGGCUGGUGCUGUAGUGGACGCCAUUCAGGACUUCAUGUGGCGCCUGCCACGGGACCGCCUGAACUUCCUGCUGAUUGACGAGGCGCAGAGCUUUUACCUGCUUGAGCGGAGCAUGUGGGAUGACUUUUCGGGGGAUGGCUUUUCGCCGCGCGGCUCAACUCUGGACAUGGACGAAGUGCAGCUCAUGCGGCGCAUCUUCAAGAAACUCCUGCUGGACAGCCCCCACUGGGUCGCCUGGGCCAUCACGGGCAGCGGCAUGGCGACGCUAUGGGCCAACAUUGCUGCCACCCCGGUGCUGAUAGACCUGCGCAUGGCGCUGCAAGUGCCGACAGACCCACGCAUGGUGGUGCCAGUGCUGGGCCAGCCUACUUCACAGGUGCUGCUCCUGCGUGAGCUGCUGGACCCGAUGGCUGGAGUGGAGCGUGCCAAGCUCCCGCCGGCGUUUGAGGCACUGCUGUCCAGCUUCACCACCGAGCGUAACGGCAGGCUAUACCUGGAUAACCUGCUGUUCGCUCAGGUGCUGCAGGCGGCCACCACGGAGUCUGGGGAGCUGUUGGAAGAGAUCAUUGCCAUCCCGUCGUUCAGCUCCACGAUGUUCAGGGAGCUGGUUGUGCUCGGUGAGUGCUGCAAGGAUGAGAACUUCGACAGCUAUGAGGACCUGCACAGCCUCCUGGAAGCCAUGGCAUCUGCGCUGGCGCUUACACCGGACAAGCUACUGAAGGCGGACUGGUUCAUCCAGCCCCAGCCUCUGCACCCGGACCCAUGCCUCCUGGUAGAUUACACUGUGGGCUGCUAG